GGCACAGCAUACUCCUCGGUUCGAGUGCAGAAGAACAGCCACAAGAGCGUAUCGCUAUUGUAUAGAGUUUCAUCGGGCACAAGUGCCGCAAGUCUUUUGGUCAAACACGGCGCCAGCGUUUAUUUGGUUGGUGCAGAGCAGCGGAAGUCUACGAAGCAUCACGAGUCGAGUCUCCUACGGCCACACCUUCCCCCGGUACAGAAUUAGACUUGCCCUGUUUUAGAAGCCGCGCGCAAUACCAUUGUUGUUUCCUCGCUAGUCUUUGAGAGGCGUUGGAGUCAUGAGGAAUAUAUAAAGCUUUCAGUCCAUCGUGUAUACUCAAUCAUCCUCCUGGACUUCAAAUCUGCCAUCUUUAUCACUAUACCCCCAGCACCUCCUCGUCUCGUUCGUUUCUACGAAGCAUGGCACGGACAAUCUAUCUGGCGGUCUUCGCAAAUGGCUCGAAGCCAGCUCACUGGGCUGUCUGGAUUCCCACGACCGGGCAGGAGUAUAUAGGAAAGUUGAUUCACGUCAUUGGAAAUCCGUCCACCGGAUUUUUCCUCGAAUUCAAGCGCAACUAUAACUUCAAAGAGACAUAUCGUAAAUAUGAAAUCAUACACUUGGCCGUAGUACAAGAUCGACACGUUACCGAUACUCCAGGAACAGAAACAACGGACACCACAGCCCGUGAUCGGAUCGGAUCGAAACAGCGGCACUUGACGUCAAGCCCCCGGGUCGCAGCGCGAACCCCUUUGAUCCGGCAGCCCCCAAUUGCCAGGACUGGAUACGCGACUUCGUUGAGAAACUUACCGCCGACCCCAACAUUCGAUUGGGCACCGAUGCCCGCUCAGUUCUCGAAAGCGCUCCCAGAAAGUUAUAAAGGCAGACGCCGUCACCGGCCGGUUACGCAUCGUUAACAGUGGCUGAAUGGUAGGCCUGCGGGGAGGUUCAGUAAGCAUCGGCGAUACUCCAGGUUGACGCUCAUGUUUGCGAUUGGGCCCCGUCUUUUUCGUGCGCAUUAGACAGCACUUUGUAGAUUAAUGUCCAGCCGAGAGUAAAACAGUCUGUUUUACAUGUCCUGAGGUGGAAUAUUCGCCGAGAAGGAUCGCGCUAUAUCUUCCAGAGCAGCGACUCUUACCUCUACCCAAGUCCACUCUUCAACUCAAAUUCAGGCAGAAAACCACAAAGCUCCAAAAUAGCAUAG